UAUUUCUUCCUCUCUGCAAGAGCUCUUGAGGACUCGCUUUCUCUGCCUUUUGUUUCUCAGCUAAGGCAAGAGCUCCUGCAAUUCUGACUUUCUCUGCAAUUUUGCUUUCUAAUUUCAGCUGGAUGUAUGUAUGUAAAUAAAUGUUCAAUCAAAAAUGCAGUACUGAGAAAAUAAGAGACAGCAAUCUAAAGAAUUACUCCAGAUUCAUUUGCACAAAAUAAUGAAAUGUGAUGUUAACCAGAAAAGGUGAAAAGCAAAUAAACAUAGAAACUGAGUACCAGAAGUAUGUGUCUUGAUAGUUGAACAUAAUUGGCUGAAUCAUUGAAUGGCUGUGUUGGAAGGGACCUUAAAGAUCAAAAAUCCUAAAAUUCUCCUUAUUUAUUUACUUAAACAAAAGUCUAUUUAAUACUGUGGGAGUUUGCUCAUGUAAGGGAGAUAACUAUAAGUGGGAUUAAUGACUUUUCCUUUCCUGUUACUUGUUUUAAAGGUAUUUCCACUUCUGUAAGCUCCCAGGAAGAAUUAAGGGAAUCCGCCUACUGCGCUUCACUUCAGUGGUGAUCAUUGUUUUACUUCUUGUGGCAGGUGCUUUGACAGCUUUGCUUCCCAGUAUCAAAGAUGACAAAAUGCCCAAUUCGAGAAGGGAACCAAAAACCCAGAGUCAGUCUGCCUUGGAUGCAUUUACUCUUAUUAUGCAGACAUAUAAUAGAACAGACUUACUGCUAAAGCUUUUAAAUCAUUAUCAAGCCAUCCCCCACCUACAUAAAGUAAUUGUUGUGUGGAACAACAUUGGUGAGAAGAUACCAGAGGAAAUGUGGAAUUCCUUGGGACCUCAUCCUGUCCCCGUUGUCUUUAAAGUUCAAACUGUAAAUCGCAUGAGGAACAGACUCCAGAAUUUCCCAGAGCUGGAAACUAAAGCUGUUUUAAUGAUGGAUGAUGAUACACUAGUCAGUGCUCAUGACCUUACUUUCGCCUUCUCUGUUUGGCAGCAAUUUCCAGAGCAGAUAGUGGGAUUUGUCCCUAGGAAGCACAUUUCUACUCCUUCAGGUGUAUACAGUUACGGCAGCUUCGAGUUGCAGAGCCCUGGAUUUGGAAACGGAGAUCAGUAUUCUAUGGUUCUUAUCGGCGCAGCGUUUUUUCAUAGUGGAUAUUUAGAAGACUUUCAAAGACAGCCAGAAGCAGUUUAUGCUUUAAUAGAUGAAACUCAAAAUUGUGAUGAUAUUGCCAUGAAUUUUCUGGUAGCCAAGCAUACUGAGAAACCUUCAGGAGUGUUUGUGAAGCCUGUUGACAUAAGGAAUUUAGAAAAAGACACUAACAGUGGCUAUUCUGGAAUGUGGCACCGAGCAGAGCAUUUGUUACAGAGAUCUUACUGUGUAAAUAAACUGGUUAAUAUUUAUGAUGGCAUGCCUUUAAAAUAUUCUAAUAUCAUGAUUUCUCAGUUUGGUUUUCCUAAUUAUGCCAAUCACAAGAAUAAAAUGUAAGCCAAUGGA